CUGCAGGAGCAGCACACCCGAGGGUUCGCUGAGCCCGCAGCCGCAGGACGAGAUGCAAGAGGAGAUGGAGAAGCUGCGGGAGGAGAACGAGAGUCUCAAGAACGAGAUAGAUGAGCUGAGGACUGAGAUGGAUGAGAUGAGGGACAGCUUCUUCGAGGAGGAUGCUUGUCAGCUUCAAGAAAUGCGCCACGAGCUGGAGAGAGCCAACAAGAACUGCCGGAUCCUCCAGUACCGGCUGCGCAAGGCCGAGCGCAAGAGGCUCCGCUACGCGCAGACUGGUGAGAUCGACGGUGAGCUGCUGCGCAGCAUGGAGCAGGACCUCAAGGUUGCAAAAGAUGUAUCAGUGAGACUUCAUCAUGAGUUAGAGAAUGUGGAAGAAAAGCGUACUGUAACAGAAGAUGAAAAUGAAAAACUAAGACAACAGCUUAUAGAAGUUGAAACUGCGAAACAGGCACUGCAGAAUGAACUGGAAAAAAUGAAAGAGCAGUCAUUGAAAAGAAGAGGGAGCAAAGACCUACAAAAAUCAGAAAAAAAGUCACAGCAAACACCAACAGAGGAGGACAACGAAGACUUGAAAUGCCAGCUGCAAUUUGUCAAAGAAGAAGCAGCUUUGAUGAGGAAGAAAAUGGCUAAGAUCGAUAAGGAGAAGGACAGAUUUGAACACGAGCUGCAAAAAUAUAGAUCAUUUUAUGGUGAUUUGGACAGCCCUUUGCCAAAAGGUGAAGCAGGCGGUCCACCUACCACAAGGGAAGCUGAACUCAAGCUUCGGUUGAGACUUGUGGAAGAGGAAGCUAACAUUCUUGGGAGAAAAAUAGUGGAGUUAGAAGUAGAAAACAGAGGAUUAAAAGCAGAGCUAGAUGACUUAAGAGGAGAUGAUUUCUCAGGGGCCACUAAUCCACUUCUGGGAGAACAAAGUGAAUCCUUGUCAGAAUUAAGACAGCAUUUGCAGCUAGUAGAAGAUGAGACAGAAUUGCUGAGGAGAAAUGUAGCUGACUUGGAAGAACAAAACAAACGCAUAACAGCUGAGCUGAACAAAUACAAAUACAAGUCUGGAGCCCACGAGAGCUCUAGGCAUCACGAUAAUGCCAAGACUGAAGCACUGCAGGAGGAGCUAAAAGCUGCACGAAUGCAGAUCAAUGAGCUGAGUGGCAAAGUCAUGCAACUCCAGUAUGAGAAUAGAGUGCUUAUGUCCAACAUGCAACGCUAUGAUUUAGCCUCUCAUCUUGGGAUCCGUGGCAGCCCCAGAGACAGUGAUGCAGAAAGUGAUGCAGGAAAAAAGGAGAGCGAUGAUGAUUCCCGUCCCCCUCACCGCAAAAGGGAAGGGCCCAUUGGUGGGGAAAGUGACUCAGAAGAGGUGAGAAAUAUCCGGUGCCUGACACCCACGAGAUCUUUUUAUCCAACACCAUCUGGGUGGCAGAAAAGCUUCACUGAUAGGCAGCAGAUGAAGGAUAUUCGCUGUGAAGCUGAGCGACUGGGCAAGACAAUAGAUCGCUUGAUUUCCGACACGAGCACCAUCAUAACAGAGGCAAGAAUUUAUGUAGCUAAUGGGGACCUGUUUGGACUGAUGGAUGAGGAAGAUGAUGGCAGCAGGAUACGCGAGCAUGAGCUUCUUUACAGGAUCAACGCGCAGAUGAAGGCGUUCAGGAAAGAACUCCAGACUUUCAUCGACAGACUCGAAGUUCCGAAGUCUUCGGAUGAUCGGAGUGCGGACGAACCUUUGUCAGUGAGUCAGGAAAGAGCCAACAAGCAUCCUGCAUGUGACGUGCAGAGUUGUCCCAGAGAGGUUUUGGGGAGCAAAUUCCUUGCUGACUCAAGAUCUUCUGCCAUGAAAAAUGAAAAUUACCUCCCAUUAUCUUAUUAUGCAGUCCUAUAGUUGGCAAAUGCUGUUAUUGGUCACGGUAUUAUCCUGAUGUUUUAGUAAGUCUCUUGCUGUGUUAAUUUACGUGUGCUGUCCUGCUAGUUUGCAAUUUUAAAUUAGUUGCCAGGUGAAGCUGAAAGCUAUUAUUUCUUGUCCCUAUGCUGACUAAUUAGUCUUUUGUUUCCUUGUAUCAGAAAGUCACAGACGCAGUGAGUUUAAAGUUAAUCAAUUACUAUACAUGUACUGCAUGAAAUCAAACAGAAAAGACAUUUGGCAUGCUCACUUUCUGAUCUAGCAAUAGUUCUGAGCUUGUUAGAGUUCCCAUUAACUCAGAGGCAGAGCACUGCAUGGGUUCAUACAAAUUAACAGCAAUCCAAUUGGUAUUUUCUCUAAACAAAUAACAUCAAUAGUUAAAUUGGCAUUUCAGGGCUUAACCAUGCAGAACUCCUACUGAAGUCAAUGGGAGACGGGCGCUUGGUCCCUCUACAAGCAUAAUCUGAAUCACUACUUAUUUUUUAAAACUUUGGACUUGGUAUUCCAUUAAUUGACUGUUCUCUUUGUCUUUGUAUUUACUUUCCCAGAUGUUCCAGCCUAUCAUUUUACUUAUUCUCAUCCUUGUAUUAUUUUCAUCCCUUUCAUACACAACAAUAUUUAAACUUGUCUUCCU